AAAAAAGAGCUUAUUUUUAUAGAAGUUAAAACAAGUCUGCUUGAAGAAGAUAUAUCAAUAUAUUAUCUUUAGUAUCGAUCUAUUGUAAAAUCCUCUAAAUUUCCUCUAAGUAAGAAUUUUAGUUUUUUAGAUUAUCCAAUCAGAUAUGAUUUAUGCUUCCUUUCCUUAAAAGAGGACUGCCUAUAAAAAAAUGCU